AUUGCAUCGGGUUUGGCUUCAGUUCUGCUCCACGUAUGCUGCAACUAAUUUCCUGUCCACUACCAGGAGGAAACUGUACAUGUGUUCAAGCUGGAUCUAUUCUUGCUCUCUCAGGCGUCCGCAGCCAUAUGCGAAUCCAGAGGGACAUCGUUGGCUGUUUGCAUAUUGAAACUGUCGCUCCUUCAGAGCCGGCACUGGCGAUCACAGCCAUGAAGGAGCUAAUGACAUCGCGAGAAGCAUACAAGAGAGCCCUUGACAUUU